ACUCUGCGUUCAAUUUUCACGGCAAGCGGUUCGUUCGUGCGCGUCGCUGCUGCAAUCAAUUAAUUGAAAACAAGAUCGGGGUAAAUAACUUUGGUAAAUGAUCAAAGCGUACGCCGCCACACAGCCAAUACGAAUCGGUUUCUGUGUGCCAAUUGCAAGUGCUCUAAAUUCACAAAAGUUCUUGCGUGCGAGCGACGGAGAUAGCGUGUGUGAACAUAAAAUCACGGCAAUAACAAAAAACGAAAAUAAAAAGAAAACAACAUACAUAUGCUUGUGGCAACGAUUAAAACGCCAACGAGCCUUUGUUUAAUGCGCCUGAUAAGUGAACAAAUCGCGGUUUUAGAACAAAACUGAGAGAGGCAGCAAACAAAGUAGCAACAAAUAGGCCCCCCACCACCAUCUCUCUACUCCAACGAAAAUCACGCAUUACGUCCACUGUUGUUGUUCUCGUCAAUGAGUGCGCGGGUGUGCGUGCACGUGUAUGCGUGUGUGUGUGUGUGUAAGCUUGCCGCCACCGCAAUUGAGGAAAAAUACACCAAUACAUGGGCGGCAUAUAAAUAUAAGCUGUGCAUGUGUGCGUGCGUGCAGUGACGUCGCCGUUUAGAAUCGAACGUGUUAAAGUGACGAAUAAACAACAAGCGGGAUUCGGAUUUGGAUUUGGACUCUCGCAAUAGCAAUAGGAAUCUGAAUCGGGAAUCAUCAUCAACAUCAUCAAAGCAAGAGAUAGACAAACAAAACAGACAGCUAAACAUUUGUACAUUUCCUUCGCACAUCGCCGCAUAUGUGUGUAUAUGCGACGUACGUAAUAGUUUGCCGCCGCAGACAUUAGGGCUCUGUUCUGUCUCUCUCGCUUGCUUUCCCUCUCUUUCGCUCGCGUCCGCUUGUUUACACAAACGCCCACACCCCCCGCCCAACGCCCACCGUUCACCGUCAUUUUGAAUAGGCACUAUGCACGGAAUACCAGAAUGCUUGGCUGGCGAAAGGAGCUUUCCAACACUGGCCGAGGGCGAGUGACGUUCGCUGGAAAUAACGGCGCUUUCUUACCGCCGCUUGAAACUCAACGAAUUUAACAAAAGUCGCAAAAUGCACGUUUCAGCCAUAAAAGGCCGACAUCCGACGAGGGAGUCAAAUGAUGAUAGCUCUAUGGUCAUUAGUAAUUAUCGAAUCUGCGACAUCAAAACGAGUGGCAAUGGCAAAUAUUUAAUGUCGUGGAGUCGUCGUCGGCGGCGCAACAACAAUAACAACAACAACAGCAGCAGCAACAACAACAAUGCGGCAUCUGAAAGUCGCAGUAAUGAUAAUUGCAAUUAUUCUACAACCAAUGAUUUCAAUAAAAUCAAUAAAUUGCUGCUAAUUACGUACAUGCUGCUGAUAACAGCGGCCACAAUUUGUCAAAGCGCCGCCCAGUCGCCGUCAUCAUCGAAUGGCAAUGGAGUUGGAGGAUCCGGUUCCACUGGGGGAUCCCCCCUGAGUGCUCUACUCAAAUCCGGUGGCGCCUCCUACAAUCAACAGUUGCCGCAACAGCAGCUCUUCGCCAUGCUGACCAGGAAUGGAGGUGGCUCGUCGGGACCGCGAUCGAGUGGCGGCAACAGAGGCUACACCAGCGCCAGGCAGCACUUCAUGGCACUCAGCGAGGAUUACUCGGAUGCGGAUGUGGACGAGGAGGAUAUGGCUGCAUUGCACUAUCCGCUGUCUGCCUCACAUCCACCGGCUGGCGUUCAAGGAUCCUCCUCCUCCUCCGGCAUUUCCAUACAAUCCGGCUCGCUGGAGACAAAUGGAUUCGUGGCCGACGAUGGUGGACAGUACGAGCAUGCCCAGAAAGCACUGGAAGCUGCUGCUGCGGCAGCCAAGGCCAGUAAUAAGUACAACAUCGACUGCCCCAAGGACUGCAAGUGCCUCAAUGUCCUCUUCGACUGCGAUAAGCUGCAUCUGGAACGGGUGCCCGUCUUGCCCAGCUACGUGCAAACUUUGCAUCUGGCUAACAACAAAUUGAACGAUACAACCGUUCUGGAGAUACGUAAUCUGUUGAAUUUGACAAAAGUUUCAUUAAAACGAAAUUUAUUGGAGGUAAUCCCGAAAUUCAUUGGCCUCAGCGGUCUGAAGCACUUGGUAUUGGCUAACAACCAUAUAACCAGCAUCUCCAGCGAGUCGCUGGCAGCUUUGCCACUGCUGAGAACGUUGGAUCUGUCCAGGAAUAAGCUGCACACCAUCGAGCUUAACUCUUUUCCGAAGUCAAAUAACCUAGUUCACUUAAUACUCAGUUUUAACGAGAUAACCAAUGUGAAUGAGCACUCGUUUGCGACUCUAAACAACCUAACAGAUCUGGAGCUGAGUAAUAAUCGCCUAAGCACUCUGCCCAUAAGGGUUUUCAAAAAUCUGAAUCAACUGAAGAAGCUAGCUCUCAACUUUAACCAACUGGAGAUAAACUGGUCCACGUUCCGUGGCCUGGAGUCGAUGAAAAAUCUUCAAUUGAAGUCCAAUAAAAUCCGUGCGCUGCAGGACGGCGUCUUCUAUGUGAUGCAUAAAAUCGAGACCAUUGAUCUGGCCAUGAACCAGAUCAGUUCCCUUUCCCGCCAGGGUCUCUUUAAUCUGACAAAAUUGCGCCACCUCAAUCUGUCGUUUAAUGCCAUUUCACGCAUUGAGGUUGACACAUGGGAGUUCACUCAGUCGCUGGAAGUGCUGGAUCUGUCGAACAAUGCAAUCAACGAGUUUAAGCCACAGCAUUUGGACUGCCUACAUCGCCUGAAAACGCUCAACCUAGCCCACAAUCGAUUGCAAUAUCUGCAGGAAAACACCUUUGAUUGUGUGAAAAAUCUUGAGGAGUUGAACCUGCGUCGCAAUCGUUUGUCCUGGAUCAUCGAGGAUCAGAGUGCGGCGGCUCCGUUCAAAGGGCUACGAAAAUUGCGACGCUUGGAUUUGCAUGGCAAUAAUCUAAAGCAGAUCAGCACUAAGGCGAUGAGUGGUCUCAACAACCUGGAGAUACUCAAUCUCGGUUCCAAUGCCCUGGCCAGCAUUCAGGUCAACGCUUUUGAGCACAUGCUUCGCCUAAAUAAAUUGGUUUUUAAAUCGCUCAACUUCAUCUGCGACUGCGAUUUGGUCUGGUUCCAACAGUGGCUGAAGAAUCGUUUUCCCCAGCAGGCCGAGCACGCGGUGUGUGGCUAUCCGGAGCAUCUACUAGAUCGGCAUCUAAAGUCACUGAGCAGUUCGGAGUUGGUGUGCGUGGACUCCCCGAAACCGCGAGUGGAACAAGAACCGGACGACAUGCUGGCCGUGAAUGCAGCUAACAUCACUUUGGAAUGCAUUGCCAGUUCACCGACAGCUGCCUCACUGGCCGCCGCCGAUGAGCUGAAGAUCAAAUGGCGCCACGACAAUCAGCAUGUCCAGGAGCGACCGGCUGUGCACGACGGUGCUAGCACGGAAACGCAGAUCCGUCAUGAUCUGAGCACCAAUCAGACCUCCAUCUAUGGCUAUCUGAGGCUCACGAAUGUGACCUACGAAAGCGCUGGACGCUAUCAGUGCGUGGUAUCGAAUGCCUUCGGAACCACCUAUGCACAGAAAUUUAAGAUAUCUAUAGGAAUUCAUCCCACCUUUUUGCAAGUGCCGUCGAAUCUAACGUUGGACGCUGGCGAAAUGGCUCGAUUGGUCUGCUCGGCCAGCGGUGAUCCCACACCUGAGAUAGCGCUGCAAAAGUUCGGCGGUAGUGAGUUUCCAGCGGCAACCGAGCGUCGGCUGCAAGUGAUCCGCGAGGAGAACGCAUUUUUGAUAACCAACGCUAAGCCUAGCGAUUCUGGUAUUUACACGUGCACAGCGUUAAGUGCUGCGGGCGAGAUUAAGGUCAAUGCAACGUUGGUGGUGAAUGACAAACCGCAGCCUAGCAUUCCCUUGGUGCACCAGGAGGUGGUUGUGGGCCGUACAUGUGUGUUGCAAUGUCUUAGCGAAACGGCCAAUGCUGAUUUUGAGCUAGAACAUCCGCACCGCGAGUGGUUUAAGGAGAACAAACCGAUACACAUCUCGCCAACAGCUCCGGACGGCGAUCGUUACUAUUUUUCCAAUAACAAGGAAUUGCUCGUGAUCCUGAAUGCUCAGUCUAACGAUGCUGGACACUUUCGCUGUGAGAUAACGGACAACUCGCGAACGUUUACGCUGCAAUCAGAGCUGGUAGUGGUCAAGGAGAACCUUAACUGGGUCGUCUUGCUGGUGGGCAUAAUCACAGUAACCGUCAUCUGUGUUGUGGUCGACUGCUGCAUCAUUUGGUGCACUCUGCGCUAUCAGAAAAAGAAACUACGCAUGAGCCUGGCUGCCGAAAGGCAUUCAACGCAGUUACGCCCGCGAAGCCUUGCGGAUCUGGGCUGUAGCUAUGAUGAGGCGAACCACAGACGUCUCACCGUGAUGUCAACACCCCCCUCCGAACAGCGCUGCCUGGAGCAGGGACUGACCCUAAGCUAUCUGCGCCAGACGGACUUGGAGGCCCAGCAGGAUCAUUUGUCCAGCAAGGACUCGGGCACCGGUUCGGAUGCGGCUGUGAAACGCACUCUGGAUGACUUUGAGGUGGCCAUGCCCAGUCAUAAGCAUCACACCGACGACGAGGAGGAGGAGGAGGUUGAGGAGGUGUAUGAAGAAAACGAGCCACCAUACAUAAAGCAUACAUACGAAGUGAAUUAUGCUGAACCCGAGCAGCAUCUCUUUCUGCAGAACAACAAUCACAACUACGACGGUGGCGGGAUUGGCGUUGCUGGUGGGGUCAACAAAAUGGUGCCCAACGCGCUGCUCCGCAAAUGCAGCGCUGGUGCCAGCGGCAGCAACUACAGCUCCAUCCAACAGUGCACAACAGUGGACAUUUGAGCGGUGGCUUAACCAAAUGAGCAGGAUGAUCAGGAUCAUAUACCAAAAACUGGAGGCUGCACCGUAACCCCAACCGCAGUCCGCCCCCAAAACGAACACAAAGACUGUUUAACUCGUAAUUAUAAUUCGUAGAUGGUGGCCCAGACUUUUGGACUGGCCACGACCAUAGAGCAGGCGGCCUUAUUGAUGCCUUUGCUAUGGAAAUAGGACAGCUAGAGAAACAUACCAGUGUCUUCGUAAUUUAUGAAAUUAAUCGUUAGAAUCGAUUAUCAUUAACUUGUAAUGCAUAAUAUUUAAUUAUCGUAUAUGUAUAUUUAUAAUUUUCUUUCGCUUGUGAUAUUAUUUAUUAUUUUGAUUGCCCGAGUUUUAGACGUAAUACAUUCACCACUGUAUAUAUAUCACUUAGACUUUAAUUGUAGUCGAUAUCAGUUUCGUGCGUGGAAACACACUCGUUUAUCAAAUGGUUGCCAGUAAAUCGGCUAUGACAGCUCCAAAUGAGUGGGAGUGUACCUUAGAAGAAUACUUUGCAGUUACCUUUUGCUUUGAUUAAUUUUCUGUUUGAAUUUGAAAUGAGUUUGCCUUAAGUUUGGCCUUGAAAAAAAUUUGAAAGAAUACAAAAUGAAACAAAGUCAAAAUAUUUAAUAAAAUGAUGCAUUAUUCCAAU